CGAAGCCAAUGGGGCACGGCGGGUGGCUCGUCCGGGGGUCGGGGUUCGGAGCCGGCGCGGGGGAUGCGGCUGCCGGUGGCGGUCCGUGAGCGGGUGGCGGCGGUGCACCGCGGCUCGGCGCUGCCCGAGCGCCUGCGGCUGUACGACGGCUGGGCUGACAGCUACGAGCAGGAUGUGGCGGCGCUGGAGUACCGGGCACCGCACCUGGCCGCCGCUUCGCUCGCCUUCGCCUUCCCCACGCCGCCCGCCGAGGCUCGGCUACUCGACGUGGCUUGUGGCACCGGCCUUGUAGCGCGGGAGCUGCACCGCCGCGGCUUCCGCUGCCUGCACGGUGUGGACGGCAGCACGGGGAUGCUGGAGAGGGCGCGGAGCACCGGGCUGUACCGGCAGCUGUGGCGGUGUGUCCUGGGCCGGGAGGCCCUGCCCGUGCCCGCAGAGCACUACGAUGCCGUGACGCUGGUGGGAGCCCUGGGCGAGGGGCAGGUGCCGAGCACGGUCGUGCCGGAGCUGUUGCGUGUCACCAAGGCAGGAGGGUUCAUCUGCCUGACAACGAGGAGCAACCCCUCAAACCUGCAGUACAAGGCAGAGCUGGAGGCAGCACUGGAGAGGCUGGAGAAGCAGGGAGCCUGGCAGAAGGUUCUGGCCCAGGAGGUGGAGUACUGGGAGAGGGCCACCUCCGAGGAGGAGAGCACCCAGGGCACUGGCUACAUCUCUGGGAUGGUCUACAUCUAUCAGAAAUGCCCUGUCCCCCAGCUCGAGGAGGACUGAGAGCCAAAGCAGCCCUGGGGAGAGGCAGGAUGAGCACUUAGCCCCUUGUAAAGCCCAGCCCAAGGACCCUCUUCAGGAGCAGGGCAGCUGCUGGGGAGUGACAAUGUUUUGGAGGAGUGUCCCCAUUCCCUUCUCUGGCUCCUUCCCACCAAGGUGGGGGCCUUGGGGACCCAGCCUGUUCCUUAGCAUGGGGAGGGUCUCCUGGUUUCACCGGAGUCUUCUGCACACCACCAUUAGCUCUGACACUGUGGUGUUGUCACCAACACCUCAGCCUUCACUGUGACAUCUUCAGACCCACCUGGCUGUUCAGAGCCAUCUCAUAUCUGGGAUAUCUUCUCCCCACCAUGCCAGCUGCUUAGUCCUCAUCAUCAACAUCCUGAUUCUUCUUCAUCUUCCCUAGCCCAGACUCCUGUGGUCUUUACCAGAGGAUUGUUGGAAGUGGGUCCCCCCCCAUCACCUCAUCCUGUGCUCCUCCAUCCUUGUUAACCCAGCACACCCUAAGGUGCAGGAUACCUCCACAUCCAAACCAGGAGCAGCUGUGCCAAGGUGGCACUCAGCUGAGGAAAGUUUCUAAGCACCACAUCAGCCUUUCAUCCCACAACAUCUGCUUAAGUCUCUCAUUUUCCUACAGCUUUGUAGAUAAUGGUCUGGGUGGGAAGUAAGGCUGUAAAGGACUUCAGGAACUGGUGGCUGCUCCCCACCCAGGAGCCACCCAGCAUCGCCUGCUCAGCCUGUUCCCCAAGCCCCUUGCCAUGCUGUCUCCACCCCUCCUCCUCCACUACUCCCCUGGGAAGUUUUUUACCCAAAUCUCUUGCUGGGAUGUUUCCUUUUUCCCUUUUCUCUUCCCUCAGACCUGUUCCUGCCUGUCCCAUUCCCAUGGGUCAGAUUACUUCCUCCCCCUCUGGAGCUCUUCUCUGGCAGGACAACAUGCCUGUGAUUGUCCCCAUCCCCACCAGGGACACCUCCUAUUUCCCACACUCACCCUCCCUGUGCAUCUUGUCACCCCUGCACGUUGCCUUCUCCUAAGCAUUGGGGUCCCAGUGCCCAUCUUGGGUAGCUGCCCUGCUCCCCUCUUCCCCCAUCUGUCCCCAGCACUGUCUUCUGGGCAACUGGAGGUCAUGGCUAUCCCCAUCCCUGCACUUGGCUCUUUAA